AUGACUAGGAACCAAUUAAAGGCCUAUUCGGAAGCUGACUCCAUUGCACAAGAAGUAUUCAGCUCAAUUCGCACCGUUUUUUCGUUUAAUGGUUCACAAUUCGAGCAAAAGAGAUAUGAAAGUCAUUUAAAUUCAGCAAGACUUUGGGGCAUUAAAAAAGGACUGGUACUUGGUCUUCUUCUCGGUGCGACAUUUGCUUUAUAUUUUAUUAUCCAUGGAUUUGGUUUUCGAUAUGCUAUUGACCUGCUGCAUGAAGACAAAACAAAGACUGUGACAAAUGUUGUUAUUAUAAUGGAUCUCAUCUCACAUGGGAUUCUCGGUCGUCUAAUAUGUGAACAUCUUUGUCCAACAAGGUUAGACGUAAAAACCUUAAGUGGCAUAAAUCUUAGUAUAAAAAGAGGGGAAACUGUAGCACUGGUUGGAAAAAGCGGAUGUGGUAAAAGUACAUGCAUACAACUGUUAUUGCGAUUUUACGAUCAAUUAUUUGGCAGUAUUCUGAUCGACGGAUAUCCUAUUAAUGAUUAUGAUUUAACUUGGCUAAGACAAAAUAUCGGCGUUGUUAGUCAAGAACCGGUUCUUUUUGGUGCCACAGUCUUUGAAAACAUAACAUACGGCAAAGCUGGUAAUGUUUCAGUAAAGGAAGUAGAAGAUGCAGCAAAAAAAACGAAUGCACACGAUUUCAUAAUGAAGUUACCCGAGCAGUAUGAAACAUUUGUUGGAGAACGCGGCAUAAGUUUAUCGGGUGGUGAAAAGCAGCGUAUAGUACUGACGCGUGCUCUGAUUGGAAAUCCGAAAAUUCUACUCCUAGAUGAAGCUACGUCAGCGUUGGACACGAAUUCAGAAAAAAUUGUGCAAGAAGCCUUAGAUAAUGCAUGCAGAGGUAUGGAGAUGGGGAAUCACGAAACAUUAAUGAACAAUAGACAAUAUUACUAUGAAACGGUGCGGUCACAAGAAUCGACAAAUGUUUUAGAAGAAGUAGAAGAAAAAGAAGAAAACAGAAUAUAUGACAGCACACAAGAGCUCAAUAACGGUUCCAAAGUUCGUUUAGCAGCAUUGAAAAACCCACCAUCUUCUUGUCUUGCUUUUAUCUAA